AUGACGACGUGUCAUAAUUGGCCCCAGCGGUUAUUUGCAGUUUCCCAAUGCCAAACGCCUUCUUCCUUUCUUUUUUAUUAUUUUCUUUCUUUCUCUUCCCUUUUCUUGCACCAGAUCCAACUUCUUCCUACUUUUCUUUUCUUCGUUUUCCCUUGUUCCCCCAGCUCAAAACUGAGUGAGAGAGUAAGAUCAAAUGGAAAACAUCUGCCUCCAGCCGCUGGGAAAAGAGCCCAAGUCGAUUUCAACCCCUUCAGCCCUUCUCCCUUCGAAGAAGCCCUUCUGCCGUUGCUAGAAGGGACCUUUUUGUGCGGGUUUUCCUCUAUGAUUCUCAAUUUCGCUCCCUUCUUGGUAUAUUCAAAGUCACCUGUUGGGAUUUUAGCAAGCAUCAAACCCUCUUUUGACCUAUUUUGUUAUUGCAACAACGUGAGUGCUUACAACGUGGGUGCUAGCAAGGAAGGGCUCGCACUAAUCUUCUGGGAUUCCCUUUUCUUUGAUUUGCUCGAGUUGCUGGAAGGGUGCCAAUUUCCGUGUGAACAAAACUGUUGGUAUGGGUUUCUACCUUUUCCUCUUCUUACUUUAAUCUUGCUCUGA